AUUGGGAGAGGAUUGGAACCUAACCACAUAGAACUGAUCCUCGAAUCUGGAUUAGCCUAAAGGGUGAAUUGGAUGGAACACCAAAAAAUUGUCUAUAUGACCAAUUUGGUUGUUCAAUUGUGUCAAAAAAUAAAAAAAGAUUGUUCAAGGGUAUGCCAUGCCUUGUGUAGUUGUGCGACAGUGCUCGACCCUUGUGAGUUUUGACAUCCCGAAAUUUUCAACAAGCCCAAAAACGACUCAAGAUAUAUGUUGUUCCAAUGCUUCUCUGAAAAAAAAAAAAAAAAAUUGGACCAGCACCAACUCAUGACUUAGCAAAAUAGUAAGCACAAGCAACACAACAUCAAUACUAUUCCGUGCCAUGGGCCGAUCAAGCCUAGUGCCAUCUUUACGACUCAAGAAUUAAGACCAUUGUGGCUUAAUACGAGGCAAUUAUGAAGUCAACUGACGUGCAAUUUGGAUUACCGCCUUACCAAUCUCGAACACGAUCCAACCCAAAAACCCAGAUCACAAUUUUCAGCUUUCCCUUUCAUUUUCUGACCAAAAAAUUUAAAAAGUAAAGAAAAAAUAAAAAUAAAAAUAAAAAUAAAUUCUGUUCAUCAUCUUUCUCUCUUUCUCUCUCCUCGAUUCUUCACUGACGCCAUUGAAGAUUGAAGCUUCAAAGAACCAAAUAACAAGCAUCAUAAUCACUUCAGAUCUUCCUAAAAAUCUCAGAUCAUCCAAUUUUUCCAUCAAUUUUCAGAAAAAUUGAACUCAGUGGUAAGAAAAUGGUGUACAGUGAGCAGUUGUGUAGGUGUAAUUGGUUAUGCGAGUUAUAACUUAUAAGGAGUGAUAGUUGUUUGUGGAGGUCAGGAUGCACCUUGUGAAGGGUGUGGCGAACCUCAUUCGGGGUUCGUCUGGUGGCAAUAACUCGGAGUCUGCCUCGGGUUUGCAAACCGAGCGUUUUACUCUUCCCGCUCAUAAUGUUUGCUUCAGUGAGGUUGGCAAUGAGUCAAUUCUAAAAGGUCUAUGGGAGAAAUACGAAAAGGCUGCUGAUAAGGUGGAAAAGAGAAAGCUGUUUCGUGUUUUCCUUAAGCAGUUUGUAGACGUGCACAACAAUUGGGAGCCUAUCAUCACUGGAGAAUGUACAGAUAGUACAUCGUCAACUGUCUCAGACGUGGAGCAAUCCUUUCAGUCUGGUGACACAUCUGUUGGUUGCUUUUCUGGACACCCAACUGAAUUUAUAAUAACUCUAAUUGAUGAAAUAACGCAAAUGACUUCUAUAGUCACCGAUUUGGAUACCGGGUUUUCAAAGUCUACAUAUGAUUCACUUACUGUCUCCACAAGCCUGAAGAUUUCUACAGAAGGGAUACCUGCCCUAGAAGCAUUGGUGAUUAUAGUUCGUUCAGUUCAUAACUGCAGAAUUUUAGGCUAUUAUGGCGGGAUACAAAAACUUGUUGCUUUAAUAAAAGCGGCUGUUGUCCAACUAAAGGCGAUUGCUGGAGCUCUUGCUGGAGAUGAAGCUUUGUCUGAUCAUGCUCUGAAUAUAUUUGAGUUGUUGCAAAAGUUACUUGUACAUGUGGUGUCAAUACUUUGCAGCUUCAUUGACUUGAAUUCAGAUGCUUAUGAGAUGGCUAAUAUUUACAACAGUAUUACAUUUUCAUUACCAAGUGGUGGUGCAUCAUUGAUAGAUCCUUCUGCCACAUUUAAAGUUCAACGUGGAAAGUUGUAUCCAUGGAAGAAGACAGCUAUAGUGUCAGUGAUGGAGGCUGGUGGUCUUAAUUGGUUAGUAGAGUUGCUUCGUGUCAUGAGAAGAUUGAGCAUAAAAGAACAGUGGACGAAUCUGUCACUUCAAUAUUUGACUUUGAGGGCUCUACAUUCAGCCUUAUCUGAAAAUUCUCGUGCUCAGAAUCAUUUUAGAAGCAUCGGAGGACUUGAAGUUUUGUUGGAUGGGCUUGGACUUCCAUCUAGCAAUGCAUUGGCAUCGAAGGCAGCCAAUAGGUAUGAAAACAUUCUGCUUGCCUUAUUUCAACUCCAUGUGCUAUCUUUGGAGGUUCUUAGAGAGGCAGUAUAUGGGAAUGUUAAUAACAUGCAAUUCUUGUGUGAGAAUGGAAGAGUGCAUAACUUUGCAAACAGCUUCUGCAUUCCUGCUUUUGCACUUCAAAAUUUUGAGCUACGGAGGAAGGAGAUUUCUGUACAAAGUAAUCUGGAAUGUUUAUCCACAACAUCAGAGCAUGACAAUGAAGAGAAAAUUUGGAAUAAAGAGUCUUCAACAGUAUCUCUUGCUGGGGAAUUCAUAAAAUACUGGCAACAUUAUGCUUUUACAUUGAGCCAGAGUUUCUGCUCUUUUAUGGUUGCUUUUGAAGAUACUAUGUCUGAAAGUAUUAAUGGACCAACUGGCCGACAUAAUGUGCCAGUUUCUUCAUUAUUUUCUGAACUUUCAGUAAGAUGGUUAUUAAGAGUUCUUUUGAUUGUCUUUCCUUGCAUCAAGGCUUUCUCAAAUCAAGAUGAAUUGCCUGCUUUUUUAAGAAUGUUCGUGUGUAUCUUACAGCAUCAAGCUCUGCAUGCGUUAAGGCAGUUUUUGAGUUCCUUACCGACAUUGCUUGAAGUGUUUCGGGCGGAACGAAUAUGGGAACUUGUCUUCUCAGAGAACUUUUUUGGAGCAGCUUUGUUAGACUUUGAAGUUGAUUGCUCAGCAACCAAGGGUUCCUGCUUAUCGUCUGUCACUAUUGGCAAUGAUAUUGAAGUGUUGGUUCUUAAAGCAGAAAGUCUCAAAAUGGAAGUCAUCUCAUUUGCUGAGUUUGCUGCAACUCUCAAGGAGACUACACAUAAUUUGCCAGAGUGUUCAGCUUUAUUAGAUGCACUUGAGCGUUCUGCUCGCAAUCCAGAGAUUGCAACGGUGCUUUGUAAAAGUCUGCUUCAAAUAUUGCAACAUGCACGGGAAAAAACGCUUGCUUCUUUCAAGGAGCUUAAGGGGAUGUCCCGAGUGCUUAGAGUUGCUUGCAUUCAAGCUCAAGAAUUUAGGUCUAAUGAUUCAACCCCUAGUGAAAAAUUGACCAAAGUUGAUGAUAUCCCACCUGAUAGUUGUCAUAGAUCAGAUAUUCCUGCAGCAUUGCUCAAUCUGGAUAAGAGCAUGGGAUCAACUGUGGAGCUCUUCAACACCUACUUUUGUGUAGCUGAUGAUGCAAAAAGUUUGGUACAUGAUGCAGAGUGCAUUGAUUGUUUGUUUGAUUUGUUCUGGGAUAAGGAUCUAAGAAAUCUCAUGCUUGGUUAUAUUCUUGAGCUGAUGAAGGCUGCUCCUAGUUGUAAGGAUGAUCAAUCAGCAAAGUUGCAGUUGUGUUCUAGGUACCUGGAAACUUUUACCCAGGUAAAAGAAAAGGAAAAAGAUUUUGCAGAAGUGUCAAUUGAGCUUUUGGCUGGCAUGAGAGCGAUGCUGUUGAUGGAUCAAGAGUAUUACCAGGAAUUGUUUCGUAAUGGUGAAUGCUUUAUUCACGUUGUCUCCUUACUCAAUGGAGUUGUUGAUUCUACGAAUGCGGAGAAAUUGGUCCUUGAUGUCCUCCAAACACUGACUAGUCUUCUUUCCAAUAAUGACAUAUCAAAGGCCUCGUUCAGAAAUCUUGUAGGGAGAGGUUAUCAGACUUUGCAAAGUUUGUUGCUGGAGUAUUGCCACAGUCAGGCUAGUGAGUGCCUUUUAAAUUCACUGCUUGACAUGCUUGUGGAUGGCAAAUUUGACGUGAAAGGGAAUCCUUCAAUAAAAAAUGAAGAUGCCAUAAUUCUUUACCUAAGUCUCUUACAAGAGAGCAGUGAUUCUGUGCAGCAAGCGGGGCUUAAUAUCUUUCUGCAGCUACUGAGGGAUUCUAUAUCCAAUCGAGCUUCCUGUGUAAGUGCAGGGAUGCUCAACUUUCUUCUUGAUUGGUUCUCAAAAGAAGACAACGAUAAUGUCAUAUUGAGAAUCGCUCAGCUGAUUCAAGUAAUUGGUGGCCAUAGUAUAUCAGGGAGAGAUAUUCGCAAAAUUUUUAUGCUUCUAAGAAGUGAAAAAGUUGGAAAGCGGCAACAAUACUGCUCGUUACUUAUGAAUUGUAUUUUGGCAAUGUUGAAUGAGAAAGGGCCGACUGCCUUUUUUGACCUUGUUGGAGAUGAUUCGGGAAUCAUACUCAGAACUCCUCUGCAGUGGCCUCUAAACAGGGGUUUUACUUUCUCAUGUUGGCUUAGGGUAGAAAAUUUUCCUAGAUGUGGUACAAUGGGACUCUUUUCUUUCCUAACUGAAAACGGAAGAGGGUGCUUUUCUCUAAUUUCCAAGGAUAAGCUAAUUUACGAGUCUAUUAACCAGAAGAGACACGGAGUUUCGUUUCAUGUCAAUCUUGCUAGGAAGAAAUGGCAUUAUCUUUGCAUAACCCAUAGCAUUGGUAGAGCAUUUUCUGGGGGUAGCCUUUUAAAGUGUUAUCUGGAUGGCAAUAUUGUAUCAUCUGAAAAAUGCAGAUAUCCUAAAGUUAAUGAUCCGUUGACAAAAUGUGCAAUGGGCACCAAGAUACUUCUUCCUUUCGGUGAUGAGGAAAAUACUUCGUACUCCAUCAAAGAUAUUUCACCAUUUCUUGGUCAGAUAGGGCCAGUUUAUUUGUUCAAUGAUGCCAUCACCUCAGAGCAAGUUAUGGGUAUCUUUUCCUUGGGUCCAAGCUACAUGUACUCAUUUCUUGACAACGAGUUUGCACCGUCAUCUGAUAGUCCCUUGCCUGGUGGGAUCUUUGAUACUAAAGAUGGUCUUGCUCCAAAAAUAAUAUUUGGACUUAAUGCUCAGGCAAGUAACAAAAGAGCGUUGUACAAUGUUGCACCCCUCAUGGAGUAUGCAGUCGAAAAGAAUCCAUUUGAAGCAACAGUACUGGCUGGGACACAGCUUUGUUCUCGGCGAUUGCUACAAGAGAUUAUUUACUGUGUUGGAGGCAUAUCUGUGUUCUUUCCUCUUUUUACUCAAUCUCACUAUUAUGAAAAUGAAGAGCAAACUGACAACAGAAAUCCAUUGCUUAUACCUAUCACAAAAGAGCGUCUCACAGCAGAAGUUAUUGAGCUUAUAGCUUUUGUCCUAGAUGAAAAUGUAGCAAAUCAACAACAAAUGCAUCUUGUUUCCGGAUGUUCAAUUCUGGGGUUUCUGUUGCAAUCAGUUCCACCCGAGCAACUGAAUUUGGAAACUCUUUCAGCUUUGAAACAUCUGUUCAAUGUUAUUGCAAAUUGUGGCUUGUCGGAGCUUCUUAUAAAAGAUGCUAUAUCUGCGAUAUUUCUUAAUCCCCUCGUGUGGGUGUUUACGGUUUACAAAGUGCAGCGCGAACUAUAUAUGUUUUUGAUCCAGCAGUUUGAUAAUGAUCCAAGACUGCUAAAGAGUCUGUGCAGGCUACCACGAGUCCUGGAUAUAAUACGCCAGUUUUAUUGGGAUAAUGCAAAAUGCCGAUCUUCUGGUGGAUGGAGACCUCUCAUGCGUCCUCUAUCAAAGAAAACUGCUGGAGAGAGACCCAGUAAAGAAGAAAUUCAGAAAAUCCGUCUUCUUUUGCUCAGCCUCGGUGAAAUGAGUCUUAGGCAAUGUAUUGAUGAAUCGGAUAUCAGAGCACUUGUUGCCUUUUUUGAGAUAAGUCAGGACAUGGCAUGUGUUGAGGAUGUUCUCCACAUGGUUAUUCGGGCUAUCUCUCAGAAAUCUCUUAUGGCACCAUUUGUUGAACAGGUGAACUCCAUUGGUGGAUGUCAUGUAUUCAUAAAUCUUCUACAGAGAGCAAAUGAGCCGAUCAGAUUGCUUAGCUUGCAAUUCAUAGGCAGGCUUUUGGUUGGCAUUCCAUCUGAAAAGAAAGGACUAAAAAUUUUCAACAUUGCGGUUGGAAGAUCUAAAUCUCUCUCAGAAAUCAAUAGGAGAACCAAUUCAAGAAUACAGCCCACUGUUUUGGCCAUUUCUGAAAGAUUAUUCAGUUUUCCUUUAACAGAACAUUUAUGUGCCACUUUGUUUGAUGUACUCCUUGGUGGUGCCAGCCCAAAGCAGGUUGUACAGAAGCAAACUCUUGCUGAACGUCAAAAAAGCAAGGGCAAUAGUUCUCAGUUCUUUGUUCCUCAGGUUUUGGCUCUCAUUUUCAAAUUUCUGUCAGAGUGCAAAGAUGUAUUGGCCAGAGUCAAAAUAAUUACAGAUCUUCUUGAUCUUCUUGAUUCAAGUCCGUCGAACAUAGAAUCACUUAUGGAGUAUGGAUGGACUGCCUGGCUGACAGCUGCGAUGGAGCUUGAUGUAGUGAAGCAUUAUAAACUGGAUUCAGUUGGUCAAAGUGAAAGCGAGAUUAUUGAACUAAAUUCUGUGAGAACACUGUUUUGUGUUGUUCUUUGCUACUAUUUGUUUUCUGUGAAAGGUGGCUGGCAACAUUUGGAGGAGACAGUCAAUUUCAUACUCAUGCAUUUUGAAAAGCAGGCUGGCGUCUCAUACCACUACUUGCUUCGGGAUAUAUUCGAGGAUUUAUUGCAGAAGUUGAUUGAAUUCUCUCGCGAGGAAAAUGUUUUGGCAUCUCAGCCUUGUCGUGAUAAUACCUUGUAUUUCAUGAAAUUGAUUGAUGAGUUGCUUCUAUCUGAGAUUGAUCAUAAGCUUCCGUUUCCGGCAACAAGCACAGAGUUUUCUCCAGAUCAACUUGAUGUAGAGGGUUUCACAGACCUGGGUGAUGCUCUUCAUGAUGCAUUGCAAGGAGAAUCCGUUGAAAGGAUGUCUAGAAAUCCAUCAGCAAACAAGCUGCCUACUGCCAAUGAAGAUGUAAUAGCUGAUGACAACUGGUGGAGCUUAUAUGACUGUCUUUGGGUUGUUAUUAGUGAGAUGAAUGGAAAGGGACCUGGCAAGACUAUGCCUAAAUCAACUUCUUUUUCUGGGCCAUCCUUGGGGCAAAGAGCACGUGGCUUGGUUGAAUCAUUGAAUAUCCCUGCAGCUGAAAUGGCUGCAGUUGUUGUGUCUGGAGGACUUGGGAAUGCACUUGGAGGGAAAUCAAGUAAAAAUGUUGACAAAGCUAUGCUAUUAAGAGGGGAGAAGUGUCCAAGGGUAGUUUUCCGCUUGGUUAUCUUAUAUCUUUGCAGAGCAUCACUGCAAAGAGCAUCUCGAGGAGUCCAGCAAGUGAUUCCACUUUUGCCAUCUCUUUUUCUGCCUGAUGAUGAGCAAAGCAGAAACCGGUUACAGCUAUUUAUAUGGUCUUUGCUGGCUGUCAGGUAUCAAUAUGGGAUGCUUGAUGAUGGCAAUCGUUUUCAUGUUAUAUCUCAUUUGAUCAGGGAAACUGUCAAUGGUGGGAAAUCAUUGCUUGCUACUAGCAUAAAUAGUGGUAAUGAGUCUUCAGAUCCUGGCACUACAACUGCAGAAAUGGGUGCUGUGCACAAUUUGAUUCAGAAAGAUAGAGUACUUAUUGCGGCUUCUGAUGAGGCAAAAUUCAUAAAAGAUUUAAAGACAGAUCACAUGAGGCAGCUGCUUGACUUGCAGACUAGGAUUGAUGAGAACACACUGACAGAUUCUGGCCAGAAAAAGGCAUUUGAAGAUGAGUUGCAAAGCACUUUAAGAGGAAUACUGGCUUUGGACGAAAGUAGGAGAGCUGCAUUCCAACUUGCUUGCGAUGAGGAGCAACAAGUUGUUGCUGAUAAAUGGAUGCACGUUUUUCGAUAUUUGAUCGAUGAACGAGGGCCAUGGUCAGCUAAUCCUUUUCCAAAUUGUGUUGCAAGACAUUGGAAACUUGAUAAGACAGAAGAUGCAUGGCGCCGUAGACUGAAGUUGAGACAGAAUUAUCAUUUUGAUGAGAAAUUAUGUUACCCUUCGUCCAAUGUUUCAGAAAAUGAAGCAGCAGUUGUACCUUGUGAAAACAAUUCUGGUGCUGGUGUACCUAUUCCAGAGCAAAUGAAACGCUUAUUGCUGAAAGGAAUUCGCAGAAUCACUGAUGAGGUGAACCCUGAAGCCAGUGAAAGUGAUAAUGAAUCUAGUGACUCUCAGGGAAUGAAUUCUGAGGAGGUUUCAGAUGGCCAAUUUUCUGAGCUGUUGAAGGAUGGUGAACAGAAGGAUGCAGUUCAUGAAAGAAAAGAGUCUUCUUCACCUACUUUUGAGACAGAUAGUGGGCAGGCUCUUAUGACUGUACCCUGCAUCAUGGUUACUCCAAAGAGAAAGUUAGCUGGACACUUGGCGGUCUUAAAAAAUGUCUUACAUUUCUUUGGUGAAUAUCUGGUGGAAGGCACUGCAGGGUCCACAGUUUUUAGAACUUUUGAGUCUUUCAAAAAUUCUGAAUCUGAGACAACUCAUCAGUCAAACGAAGCUGAGAAACUGAAAUUUCUGAAAAUUCCAACAGAUGCCAAUAUAAUUUCUGAGAAGCAUAAAGCCAUGGAUACUUUGGAGAAGCAGAUGAAAGGCAUCAAAAGGCAUUGGAGGUGGGAAGUCUCCAAGAUAAAAGCAGUGCACUGGACUCGGUAUCUGCUUCAAUACACUGCAGUUGAGAUUUUCUUCAGCAAUUCUGUUGCUCCAGUUUUCUUCAAUUUUUCUUCACAGAAGAUGGCGAAAGAUGUUGGAAGCCUAAUAGUUGUCACCAGAAAUGAGUUACUGUUUCCCAAGGGAAGUACCAAGGACCGUACUGGGGUUAUCUCCUUUGUUGAUAGACGUUUGGCUCAAGAGAUGGCUGAAACUGCUAGGGAAAGCUGGAGGAAGAGGGAAAUAACCAACUUCGAAUACCUUAUGAUUCUUAACACGCUUGCUGGAAGGUCUUAUAAUGACUUGACGCAAUAUCCUGUCUUUCCAUGGGUACUGGCUGAUUAUACUUCAGAGACACUUGACUACAACAAGUCCUCAACUUUUAGGGAUCUAUCAAAGCCUGUGGGAGCACUGGAUCCCAAAAGAUUUGAGGUUUUUGAGGAUAGAUACCAAAAUUUCUCUGAUCCUGAUAUUCCCAGUUUCUAUUAUGGUUCUCAUUAUUCCAGCAUGGGGAGUGUGCUCUAUUACCUUAUUAGGCUUGAGCCAUUCACUGCCUUGCAUCGGAAUCUACAGGGAGGUAAAUUUGACCACGCAGAUCGUCUAUUCCAGAGCAUUGAAGGCACAUUCCGCAACUGCUUGUCUAAUACAAGUGAUGUAAAAGAACUAGUUCCUGAGUUCUUUUACAUGCCAGAGUUUCUUGUUAAUUCAAAUUCCUACCAUCUGGGUGUUAAACAGGAUGGUGAACUCAUUGGUGAUGUUUGCCUUCCCCCGUGGGCCAAGCGAUCGGCAGAAGAAUUUAUUUACAGAAAUCGGGAGGCUUUAGAAAGUGAAUUUGUUAGCUCAAAUCUACAUCUGUGGAUUGACCUAAUAUUUGGUUACAAGCAGAGAGGGAAGCCUGCUGUAGAGGCGGCAAAUAUCUUUUACUAUUUAACUUAUGAAGGUGCUGUUGAUCUUGAAAUAAUGGAAGAUGAAUUGCAAAGAUCAGCUAUUGAAGAUCAAAUUGCUAACUUUGGACAAACUCCAAUCCAGAUUUUUCGGAAGAAGCAUCCAAGAAGAGGACCACCAAUUCCAAUUGCUCAACCUUUACGUUUUGCUCCUGGUUCUAUAAAUUUGACAUCGAUUGUUUCUAGCUUCAAUCAUUCUCCAUCAGCACUAUUGUAUGUAAAUGUAUUUGACUCUAAUGUCAUCCUAGUUAAUCAGGGCCUUACAAUGUCUGUUAAGACGUGGUUGACAACCCAACUGCAGUCUGGUGGCAAUUUCACAUUUUCUGGAUCACAGGAUCCAUUCUUUGAGAUUGGUUCUGAUGUUCUCCCUCCUCGUAAUAUUGGAAGUUCUUUGGCUGAAACUGCUAAACUUGGAGCCCAAUGCUUUGCUACUUUGCAAACACCUUCAGAGAAUUUUUUAGUAUCCUGUGGCAACUGGGACAAUAGUUUUCAGCUAGUAUCUCUAUCUGAUGGAAGAGUGGUUCAGAGCAUUAGACGUCAUAAAGAUGUGGUUAGCAGUGUUGCAGUGUCUUCUGAAGGAAGUAUACUUGCUACUGGGAGCUAUGACACUACAAUAAUGGUGUGGGAGGUCUGUCGUUCUAGAACAGUGGACAAGAGAGUUCGAAGCAGUCAAAGUGACAUCGUCCGUAAAGAUUAUGUCAUUUCGGAGACCCCUUUUCAUAUUCUUUGUGGACAUGAUGAUAUAAUUACAUGCUUAUAUGUUAGCAUGGAGCUUGACAUAGUUAUCAGUGGGUCGAAGGAUGGAACAUGUGUUUUUCAUACCCUACGAGAGGGACGAUAUGUACGGUCUCUUCGUCAUCCAUCUGGUAGUGCAUUGACAAAGCUUGUUGUAUCACGGCAUGGACGAAUUGUGCUAUAUUCUGAUGAUGAUUUAAGCCUGCACCUUUACUCAAUUAAUGGAAAACACAUAGCAAGUUUGGAGUCAUAUGGGCGCCUCAGCUGUAUAAAACUCAGUGCUUGUGGCGAUUUCUUGGUUUGCGCAGGUGAUCAAGGACAAAUAGUUUUACGCUCUAUGAACUCCCUGGAAGUUGUGAAAAAAUAUCCUGGGAUAGGUAAGGUUAUAACGUCACUCACAGUUACUCCUGAAGAAUGCUUUUUGGCUGGCACAAAAGAAGGAAAUCUUCUUGUGUAUUCUAUAGAAAACCCUCAACAAAGAAGGGGGGGUGGCCUGCCCCGGAAUAUAAAAUCAAAAUCUUCAGUUGCUGGAUAGACUGUCUAUUGAAGCAGCAUCUAUUGUGAUAGUUUGUUUAAGGCUUGUUUCUUCUGCAGGACCGUAUCAAUAACAUUUAGGAGUGCCUGUCCCUGGAAAAAAUUGCUGCUCUGGUGCUCAUAAUUUUCUUUUUAAGUGGAACUUGUGUACUUGCAAAAGGAUCAUACGAACAGCUGUAGCAAUAACUUCAAGUAUACAAUGACUGCAAGGAUGUGGCAGAAGCCAACUAUCUCGCCUUGUUCUUUCAUGCUGAGCACUGGCGAAAGGCUGCCUCAGAUUCAUGCAUUGCAUUGCCUUGUAAACCUCCAAACUACAUACAUUAUGCUGAGUUUCAGCUGAAAUCAGUUAAAUGAAACUGUAUAUCAACAUAUUGUUACAGAGAAGAAAAAUGUGUCACAUAUUAAGUCAGCAAGAUGACGUAAAUCAUUGAUAUAGGAUCGUAGCAUUAGCUUGGUCAAUACCCUUCUAUAGCAGCAGCGUUAAGCUAACCCCAAACUUUGUACAGACGAGACAAAUCAUUCUCUCAUAAUAGAAAAGCCAUUUUUGUGUUGUA